UAUAAAAGGAAAAGAGAAGAGAGUUGUGUGAAGAGAAAAGAGGUUGGCACAGUCGCGGCAAGAGAGAAAGCAAAGAUGGGAGAAGAAGUGGCGAGAGUGAAAGCAGAGUUGUUGGAGGAGAGCGAGAGCAAGGAGUCGGGAGUGACGGAAGAAGAGACGACGGUGCAGGUGAAAGAAGAGGUGGAUGACGGCGCCGUCAACGCCACGUCAUCGUCGCCGAAACCGAUGGAGGGGCUGCACGAGGUGGGUCCACCACCGUUCCUGAAGAAGACCUUCGAAAUGGUGGAGGACUCCGACACCGACCCCGUUGUGUCGUGGAGCCAAAGUCGCGACAGCUUCAUCGUUUGGGACUCUCACGAAUUCUCCAAAACCCUUCUCCCCAAGUACUUCAAGCACAGCAAUUUCUCCAGCUUCGUUCGCCAGCUCAACACCUAUGGUUUUAGGAAGGUUGAUUCAGACCGUUGGGAGUUUGCAAAUGAAGGAUUCCAAGGAGGGAAGAAGCAUUUGCUGAAGAACAUAAGAAGGAGGAGCAAGUAUAACAAACUGCACCAUGGAUCAUUCAACAUGAUGAAGCCAGGGGUAGAGUCUGAAGUGGAGAAACUGAAGAAGGACCAGAACAUUUUGAAGGUGGAAAUUCUGAAGCUGAGGCAGCAGCAGGAGAAUUCGCAUGUUCAGCUAACAAAUGUUCAGGAGAGAGUUCGCUGUGCUGAGAUGAAGCAGUAUCAGAUGAUGUUUUUCCUCACCAGAAUGGCCAGAAAGCCUGCGUUUGUUGACCAGUUAAUCCAAAAACUUAGGCGUAAAAGAGAGCUUGAGGGUAAUGACAUGGUUAAGAGGCCUAGAUUGAUGGGUACCCCGUGCAAUGCAACCUUCCCUAAGGCCACGGAGACAGCCCCUAGUGUUGAUUGUAGACAACAAGGUCAUAAACAGUUCUCUACACUGCAAUCAGAGCUCAAUGGAUUUCUGUCUGAAACUAUGAACACCAACGACAUGGACCACCCAAUUCCCUCUCCUUUGGAAGAUGAAUUGUGCAGCUCUGUGCAAGGGUUAAGGACCAAUUCUACUAGAGCAAGUGCACAAGAUUCUUCUUCUGCCUAUCAUGUUAUGUCAGAAAAACUAAUGAGGGAAAAUUCUAUUGUUGAUGAAGAAGAACUAGAUGUGAAUGACUCAAAUAUCUAUCUUGAACUAGAGGAUUUGAUUACCAAGCCAACAGAUUGGGUUGGAUCUGCUGGUGGAUUGGUGGGACAAACAAGUUGAAUCUCACUAGUGGAAUAGUGCCUUGUAAUAAUAUUAUGGGUGCAAUUUGUGUAGAUGCUCUGCAGCAACACAAAACGAAGAGCUUAAUAUUAUAUGGCUCUUCAGUUACCAGGUUUGAAAGUGCAGGACCUAGAUGCUCGCCCCAGCUUUUUAUAUGAUCAAGCGAGAAUUUUAAUGUUUCUGUUCAGUGGGUCCAAAUUGUUCAUAUGUUGUGUAUAAUGUAUAUAGUCCUCUCCUCUCCUUGUGUUUCUUUGCUUAACUUUAAGUCCUAUAUCAGCAUAAUCCUAGCUAGGCCUCUUUUGAUGUAGUAAUUAUGUUAGUUUUAACAUUGUAAAUAUGUAAUACAGAAAAUGCUUAAUAGUAUACUUCCGUUUCCCUUCUGUUUC